AUGUCCCUUUUUAGAACCUCCAAAAGUGGAGAUCGAUGGUUUCAAUGGAACCCAGUGACAUUUCAAUCGAAAAAUCCAGUGACCCCUGUAAGAUGCUGGGUUGAAGCUACCCGCUUCACUUCCAGUUGCGAGGCGAACCCCCAGACCUUCUGCAACGUCAUCAAGCUGGGCACGUUCUGCCGCACCGUGGUGUGGCCGUGCUUGCCGCCGCUGAUGAUGUACCAGUACAUCCGGGGCAAGGACGAGGACAUGUAUGCCACGGAGUUGCUGUACUACAAGUCCGGGUCUAAGGAUCCCAAGGCCUUCUGGGACUCCUCCCGCCUCAGAGGCUUCUUUCCCGUCAUGGCGAGCAUCGGAGAGUUGGCGAUCCUGGCCCACAAGUUCGUCACGGCUCCGCAGGCGAACGCGCAGACCUUCUGCAAUGUCAUCAAGCUGGGCACGUUCUGCCGCACCGUGGUGUGGCCGUGUUUGCCGCCGCUGAUGAUGUACCAGUACAUCCGGGGCAAAGACGAGGACAUGUAUGCCACGGAGUUGCUGUACUACAAGUCCGGGUCCAAGGAUCCCAAGGCCUUCUGGGACUCCUCCCGCCUCAGAGGCUCCGGACACUGGCGCAUGAUGCAGGACCUCGAGACCAUCAGGGCAACCGCCAACACCGAGUGA